AUGCUGCAAUCUAUGCAGCAAUUCUAUCUAGGUGUGGAUUCCAGCCUAUCAUUGCCAUCGGAAUCCCAGCCUUUGUAUACGUCAUCCCACACUGCUACAAAUGAGCGGUAUUACUCUGGAAACAGCGCGAACAUUCACGUGGAGCUAUCACAGGCUCCUGAACCAUCACAUGUGAUGAUUCAAAACGCCAGUGAAAGCCCGGAAGUUCCGUAUUCUCCGCCAGUUUAUCGUGGGGAAAAGCAGGUGAAAGAUGAUGUAUUCAACGAGGAUCCAUGCAUGCUUCUACACAAUUGUUUGCCUCUAGACCGCUACGUUGAAGCCAAUCGAGCAGGUUAUGAGGCCUAUAAAACGACACCUUACCGACACUAUACGGAUGCUGGGCAAUCUAUUCUAGAAACUUGGAAAACAAUCGAAGACAGACGGAAAGUGCUCGGUAAAUUCCACGGGAAAGGCUACGAACAAAGAAGAAAGACAUUUUCCAAGGCGUCAAAUGCUCAAAAGAGGAUCGUCGAUCCAAGCAAUGUGCCGGAGGACCUUAGCCACGUUCCUGGAGGAGAUCUUUUCCUGCAGCUCCAGACAGAUGAUUUGCAUUUGUACUUUUGCACAGAUAGUGUUGAAGUCCCAAUCCUCUACGCCGUAACAAGAUACAAAAAUGUGGAAACGUACAAGAGGAUCUUCGAAAAACUCCGUGAGACACUGGGAGACUACAAUGACAGAGUCAUUUUGGACUUCGAGAAGCAACUCGAGCAGCCAGGGAGACGUUUCCAGAAGCCGAUGUACAAGGAUGCGCCUUCCAUCUGGCGCAAGCGUGGAAUAGGAUGGACUAUCAAUCUCGAAGCACGUUAUCCUGGUGAAAAAACAAACGGUUUUGAUGGUGCAGAUGGAUUCAACAUUGGCGGAACUCGUAGCAGAAUUAAGACCUUGAGGAAUGGAAACAUUGGUGGCGGAUUCGCUCCUUUUCCUGUCCAGGUUUAG